AUGUCCCGCAGGCAGGCGGCCAAGGCGCGGCCCGGCGGCGGGGGCAAGAAGGCGGAGAUGGAGCGGAAGCGGGACGAGCGGGCGGCCCGCCGGGCGCUGGCCAAGGAGCGCAGGAACCGGGCCCCCCCGGAGGGCGGCGGCGGCGGCGGCGGCGCGGCCCAGGAGUUCGUUAGCUUCGGCAACCAGCUGCAGGCGCUGGGCCUCAAGCUGCGCGAGGUGCCGGGCGACGGCAACUGUUUGUUCCGGGCCCUUGGUGACCAGUUUGAGGGGCACUCCAGAAACCACCUCAAAUACCGCCAGGAAACAGUGGAUUACAUGAUAAAGCAGAGGGAGGAUUUUGAACCUUUUGUGGAGGAUGAUGUUCCCUUUGAGAGACAUGUUGCCAAUUUGGCGAAGCCUGGUACAUUUGCUGGCAAUGAUGCUAUUGUGGCAUUUGCAAGGAACAAUCAAAUGAAUGUGGUUAUUCAUCAGCUCAAUGCCCCUCUGUGGCAGAUUCGAGGCACGGAUAAAAGCAACGCAAGGGAACUGCACAUCGCCUAUCGAUAUGGAGAGCACUAUGAUAGCGUGCGGAGAAUAAAUGACAACUCUGAAGCCCCUGCACAUCUUCAAACAGAGAUGCUGUGUAAAAAUGAAUCUAAUAAGAGGGAGAAAAUAAAGCCACAGAAGGCAGAAUCUGAAGAGGAGUUAGAGGAUGAAGUGGAAGAUGCUGUACAAAAAGUCUGUAAUGCAACUGGGUGUUCGGAUGUUGAUUUAAUCAUCCAGAUUCUGGAAGUGAAGAACUAUGAUAUUGACUCUACGAUAUUUGGCAUUCUCCAAGUGAAUGAAGUGAAAAGAAUCUAUUCUGAAGAGGAAUGCGAGACCCAGGCCAAGAGUCAGAAGUCACAGAGCUCAGCCUUGUGGAAGGAGAAUGGAAGUGGCACCAGAAUCUUUGGAAAUCAGGGGUUGCAUCAGGAUGGAACAGAAAACAACAAGACACAGGCUAGUCCAGAUGAAGAGAAUCAAACCAACAAAAAACAACAUUUCCCAAAGGUAUGCAUUAAACAAAGGAAGGAGCAGCAGCGGCUAGAGAAGAAGAAGCGGCAAGAAGAAAGGCACCGGCAGAAAGUCCUGCCCAACAGGAGUAACAAUGCAGAUAAUAACAGGAGUGAGACAGACUCGGAUACGCAAGUCACCCUGGUGAAGACCCUUGCAGCUCUGAACAUAUGACUGAUAGUAUUGUGGGUUCUUUGAUGGAAUACGUGAAUGGCAAAUAAGACUGAUCAGGAAGGGCACUGAGCUUUCAGACAAAGCCAUCUUCAAAGCAGAUUCCCCAGCACCCCUCUAUUUUUAAACAACGUUUCCGUGGGUUUCUCUUAGCAUAUGCCGAGUUGUCUUUGGUUCUCCAGCUGUGGGAAGAACAACUCUUCAAUAACACUAAAGAGCAUCAGCCAAGCUUGUGAGGGAUGGGCAAUCAAGGUUAAGCAAAGUGAAAGUCAGCACUUGUUUUUACUAUUCCUGAGACAGAGUCUAUUCAACCUUGAUCCAUCACCCAACACAACUUGUGUGAAUUUUGCUUGGAGAUCUCACAAUAUUACUUAAGUUAACUCUGACUACAUUUUACAAAGCUCAAGUAUGGAAGAGCUGUGAUUUUAAAUUACUGUGCAGGAACACUUCAAUUGCUCCCAACUCAGGAACUUUUCUUUCUCUAAUUAAAAUAGAUUGGGACAAAAUUCCCAAAUCCCUUUCAAAGCUAAUCGGCCAAAUGCUAUACCAGACACGUUAGAUUUCUUUUCCUCCCCACUUGUAACUUGAUAGCAAGUUAUAGUCCAGAUGGAGCUGCUCUUGUUGCACUAAGCCAGAUGCUAAAUGCUGCUAACUAUUAGAGGAGAUGGGGGAUGGUUGGGUCUGUGCUUGUUUUUUUGCACAGAGAGGGUGAACUCUUAAGUCUGGAGAUGCUCUGAUAUGCUGGCAACUGAGUUCCCCUUCUGACAAUGCUGCUCCAAUAAUAGUAGGGGGAUGCCAAUGUAUUCCCUAGGUUGCUGAGUGGAUUCACCCAAUCUGGUGAGGUUUAAGAUGAUAAUCUUUUACCAUAAGCAGGUGUAAGAUUUCUAUUGUAUAGUAACAAAGAUGUGCUGGUGUUUGGACCAUCCUCCACCUUGCUCCUGACUAUUCAGCGCUAGAGUCCAAAAGAGGGCCAAACUCCAUAGUUCUUAAUUUGAUGGGAUGGAGCAUUGGAUAUCACUCAAGUGUUUGGACCUGCAUCAAGAGUUAAGUUUAAAAAGUGAAGGAUUGCGGGGGGGGGGAACCCUUACUCAGAAUAAAGUCUAAGCAGAAUGUUUGACUGAGAUGAGUUUUGAAAAGUGAUCCUAGAUGUCUUAAUCAUCCUACAUUGGUACUAGAACAUAUAUAGAUGUGAAACAUACAAAUGUCCUUUUGGCUUAAUUGCCAAAUCUCUUAGAGGUUCUUGGUUUCCUCUUACUGUAUAUUAGUAACAUUUGAAGCACUAGAAGAAAUGGUGCUCUAUUUGGUAUGCCAGCAAUAUUAAAGGUUGCAGUAGAAAAGUAAAACUGAACUCUGACCUUAGAAUUUAAAAAGCCGCUUGGUGGUAGUGAAUAUAAUAAAAAAGUAGCCCUUCUGCUUAGAGAUGAGACGCUGCAUCUAACCGGUCAAGAGGUACAUUACUGGCAGAUCAAUCCAAGUUUUGGAAGUCUUUGUUCCAACUAGGCUACAGACUCCAGAGGUGAUUACGAACACCUAGCAACUUUGUACUUUGCUGCUCCAAUUGCUAGUGAGAUGGGGGCCCCAGAGGGGUGGGGAGGUGAAGCUAAAAAGUGAAUCUGACAAAGGGCACGUCACUUAACCAGCAGCAAAUAAAAGGUAUUUACAGCAGUGGGGAAAAUGCUUUAGCAAGGUUGUAUCUACAGGUCACUAAGAGGUUGCCUCCUUGCUUAGCCCCACUAUGUUUUGAUAUAGGGAGGAGAGCCUGCUUCUGUAAGUGACUAGACAAAUGUCGGAGCUGAAGUGACAAUGCUGGUUUGUCAGCUGUAUAACUAGGAUUUGGAUUCUUGAUAUUCUUUGUGAAUCAUGUAGCUUUUUCUUGAGUCAGAGCUGAUUAGAGGAUUGUUUGUCCAUCCGAUUCUGGAGUAGUAGGGAGAAAGUUGUUUGGAAAGAAAAUAUAGCUUCUACCAUAAGCACAGAAGCUGCCUCCAUCAUUGACCCUGCAAUUCCAACCUUGUUCUUGAGGAGAUUCACUGGGCUGGCUUUUUCAUGCAGUGCUACCAGAUCUUUAGUGGGAGGGGAAGAGUGAUCAUACAUUCAGAUACUUAACUAUGGUACCUGAAAUGGAAUAUGCAAUAGAAAAUGCUUUCGUUUGUAAGUGUAAACAAAUUAAACAAGCUCUUAUUGCACUGAGCUGAUUGUCUUGUUAAAGCACUCAACUUCACUCCAGCAAGCUGUGCCAAGAAAUCUAGCCUAUAGUAGUUGAGGAUCCCAAACUCUCCUGCCCUCUGUGGUACAGACUCUCGGGCUGGCUGAUGGAAAUUCUCCUGCCUUUAAAAUCUAGAACAUCUCUGACAGAGGGAGUUCCCUGUACUUUGUUCCUCCAGGAACUUCCUUUCCUGCCUGUUGUCUAAACGAGAUUUGGCAGUUGUCCUCUAGAUGGCAGGCUGCGAAUAGCCUUUACAGGGAGAAGAUCAUCAGGAAAAUGAGCAGAGGAUGAAUCCGAUUCAUUCCCUUACAGCUUUUAUUGUCGAGCUCUUUGGUAUGGAGCUAACUGCUACAUGGCAUUGGGUGUCUUUGCAGUGGGGUGAUGAGCUCAGCUAUUUUUUCCCUUGCCAUUUUACAUUAGGGUCAGUUCCCACCCAUAUAGCAGACACCAUCUCCAUCCCAAGAAGCCUGCUGCUUGAGAAUCCUUUGGUUUUAUCAAGGUGGCUACUUAGUACAAAACACAUUGGGCUUAAUUCUAGAUGGGAACUUAAAUAGCUCAGUAUAGGCAGUAGUAUAUGGAGACUUCAAACUCUAGAUCUCUCUGGCUGCAGAUACAGUUUUACCAAUGGUAGUUUAGUGGCCUACGUGAAAUGAAUACGUUUUGAGUCCUGCUAGAAAGAUACUUUGAUUCCUUUGAAGUCUGAGAGGUGCUCCUUCAAGAGAAGUUUAGCAAACAUUGUCAGAAGCUUUUACUGCUGCUGCUGCUCCUUGUGAUAUACCUAUUUGGAUAGAGGGUUAGCUCAGCAGGUGGAAACUUGCAUAACUCCACUGACUUUGAUGGAGUUAAAUUGGUAAUGUAAACCAAGCCGAUGUCUGUAUAACUGUUGCUAGUUAUACUGACGUAACCCCCACUGUAGACUAUGCUAUGGGCUUCUCCCAUCAACAUAGCUACUGCCUCUUGGGGAGGUGGAGUACCUAUGCCAAUGGGGAAACUAUCUUCAUUAUGCACUACAGCACUAAGCGUGGACAAGCAAUUAUUGCCAAACUAUGCAGGUUGAGCAUGUGGUCAAUUAUUCUUUAAUGCUACUAAUCCAAUACCUUCCUCCAGUAAAUGUAAAGAGAAAAUACCCCCAUAGCAGUUAAAUGGCAUUGAAAAUAAAACGCUUGGCUGGAGGUUGCCCAUGGUAACAAAAGCAGGCUUGGGUUUGAGUAAGUGGCAGGGAGGCUUCCCCUAUCUUUAACUGUGCAUUAAUUCUAGUUCCUUUCUGGCGAUACCUUAAACCUCCCUGGAGGGCGUUCAGUCCAUCUGAUGACUUACCAAUGGUCUUACCUCAUCUGCAGUGCCUGACUAUUCGAAAAGUCACAUGACCUGUAGCAUUUGCUUCCAUAGUAAUGCUCCAGAUGUCCCUAAUUUCCCUUGGAUUCUGUUGAAACUGAGUAGGGCUCUUCUCUUCCUUCCUACUUCAGAGCGCUCUGUGGGGCUUCUGCCCCGUCAAACCAAAAUGUCUGUCUCUUAAUUUAAUACUUGGUGCAAUAGAAGCUGCAAAGACGUGCCAUGAACUAGGAGAAUAGAUUUUUGUAUAUUGCUCGUACAGAUUAAAGGCAAAAUUCAGAUUACUAAAAA